CCUUUUGCCUUCCUGCUGCUUCCUUGGCGCAGGAAAGGGUGAGGUACGGGGGGGUUUUGGGGUGCCACAACCUCCUUUUCCCCCUUUUGGCCAAGAAAAACUCAGCUCCAGGUACUAAAAAGUGUAAAAAAAAGUGUAAAAUCUAUAUAUUUAUAUCUCCAGAACCCUUUAUAUUCUCUCUAAAGCACCUUCUCCCCCCCCCCACCAUAACCAUAGCCGUUUCCUUCCUUAGCGCUUCGUUUUCAUAGUUGAAACCCUAAAAGCCAGGAAAUAUCAGCAAAAAUAUACAGUUAAGGGGGGAAAAAAAGGCAAAAAAUAAGAGAUUUUGGUGCCUUUUCCUCUCUCCAAGAGGGUAAAUGUGCGGCAAAGCCGCUCUGCGGGCCUCGGUCUCUGAGGAGUUUUGUUUGCCAGGGUUGGGUUGGUAAGUAAGUUUGUUUAUUGAAUAAUUAAAUUAUGCCUUUUCCUGCCUUUUUUUCCCACCACCAACCGAAUCCCGAAGCCACCGGCAGGGUCUCUUGUGCAUAAGCAGGGCUCCAAGAUAAGUUCUUCCCCCUUUUAACCCCGAUGGAGGAUGGAGAGCUGGAAGAAGGCGAGCUGGAAGACGAUGGAGGAGAGGAGGUGCAGGAUCCUUCUGAAUCCCAGGAGCGAGGUCGGAAGGAGAAAGCGGAAAAGCACCACAGCGAUUCCGACGAGGAGAAAGCCCAUCGGCGGAUGAAACGGAAACGUCGGAAAGAGCGGGAGAAGGAGAAGAGGAGAUCCAAGAAGAAAAGAAAAUCCAAGCACAAGCGCCACGCGUCCUCCAGCGAUGACUUCUCCGAUUACAGCGAUGACUCGGACUUCAGUCCAGGAGAAAAGGGACACCGAAAAUACCGGGAAUACAGCCCGCCCUACUCUUCUUCCCACCAGCAGUAUUCGUCCUCUCACGGCGCUCCCAUGCCAAAGAAGAGCUAUUCCAAAAUGGAAAGCAAGAAUUAUGGGAUGUACGAGGAGUACGAGAACGAGGAGUACGGGCAGUACGAUGUGGAGGACGACGAAGAGAUGGGAAAAGAGGAUUAUGAUGACUUUGCCAAGGAGCUCAACCAAUACCGGCGAGCCAAGGAAGGCUCCCACCGUGGCCGAGGAGGACGUGGCCGAGGCCGAGGCUACCGUGGGCGCGGUGGCCGAGGUGGAAUGCGUGGUGGACGUGGAAUGGGCCGAGGAAACCGCGGGCACGGCCGAGGCGACCACCCCGAGGAUGACGAGGAAAUGUACGAGGAGGAGAUGGAAUACGGUGAUAACGAGGAGCCCAUGGGCGAUGAGGAGUAUGAUGAUUAUUCCAAGGAGUUGAACCAAUACCGGCGGAGCAAGGAGAACCGCGGCCGCGGUUUAAACCGAGGUCGCGGCCGUGGUCCCAGAGGACGAGGGAAUAAAGGAAUGGGCAGAGGACGAGGCAGAGGUGGAAACCGGAAAGGAGGCGGAAUGAACGAUGAUGAUGACUACUACGAUGAGGAUAUGGGAGAUGGAGGAGGCGGUGGGAAUUACCGUCGGAAUGACCACGACAAACCCCACCAGCAGUCGGAUAAGAAAGGAAAAGUCAUCUGUAAAUACUUUGUGGAAGGCCGAUGUACCUGGGGCGACCACUGCAACUUCAGUCACGACAUUGAGCUACCAAAGAAACGGGAAUUGUGCAAGUUCUACAUCACCGGCUACUGUGCCAGGGCGGAAAAUUGUCCCUACAUGCACGGGGAUUUCCCGUGUAAGCUCUUCCACACCACGGGCAACUGCAUCAACGGAGAUGACUGCAUGUUCUCCCACGAUCCGCUCACCGAGGAGACACGGGAGCUUCUGGAUAAGAUGCUUGCAGAUGACGCAGAAGCCGGCGCCGAGGACGAGAAGGAGGUGGAAGAGCUGAAGAAACAAGGGAUCAACCCUCUUCCCAAACCACCUCCAGGUGUCGGUUUGCUUCCCACACCUCCUCGUCCUCCUGGUCCACCAGCUCCGACAUCUCCCAAUGGAAGACCGAUGCCGGGAGGGCCUCCUCCACCUCCACCGCCGCCGCUUCCACCUCCGGGGCCACAGAUGCCACCACCGAUGCACGAGCCGCUGUCUCCGCAGCAGCAGGAGAUGUACAAGAAGAUCCCGUCGCUCUUUGAGAUCGUUGUGCGUCCGACCGGGCAGCUGGCGGAGAAGUUGGGAGUCAGGCAUCCAGGUCCUCCUCCUCCACGAUUUCCCGGCCCAGGAGGUCCUCCAGGAGCGAUGCCGGGCCCGAUGCAUCCUGACAUGCAUCCCGACAUGCAUCCCGACAUGCAUCCCGACAUGCAUCCUGACAUGCAUCCUGACAUGCAUCCCGACAUGCAUCCCGACAUGCAUCCCGACAUGCACAUGGACAUGCCGAUGGGUCCAGGAAUGAAUCCCGGCCCUCCUAUGGGUCCUGGCCCUCCCAUGAUGCCGUACGGUCCAGAUGAUUCCCCACAUUCCGGAAUGAUCCCACCUGGUCCUCCUCAACAAGGAUUUUACGACAACUUCUACCAACAACCAGAAGGUUUGGAGAUGGAUCAUGGGAUGAUGGGAGAUCCAGAGGACUACGGUGCCUACGAGGACAUGGAAGGACCUCCAGGAGACCACAUGUUCCCAGAUCCAUCCCUAGAUCCUGAAGCUUUGUGUGAAGGAGGUCCGGGGGGUUUGCCGAAGGCUCCAGGCGGCGUUCCCGACUUCAUGCCGUCGGCACAACGAGCUCUUUACCUUCGGAUCCAACACAAGCAACACGAGGAUGAGGAACGUGCGCGGAGGAUGGCGGAGAGCGGCAAGCAGGACCGGGAGAACGAGGAAGGCGACACCGGGAACUGGUAUUCCAGCGACGAGGAUGACGGUGGAAGCAGCGUCACUUCUAUCUUGAAGACUCUGCGGCAGCAAAGCUCAGGCCGCCCUCAUUCCCAGUCUUCCCACGGCGACGUCGGAGCUCCCUCCGGAAUGGGCGACCCUCGCCUCCAGAAAUCCCAAGCGGGAGGCGGCGGGCGGCCUGCCGAUCCGCGUUUACGCGAUCCCAGGCUUUCCCGUCCCUCGGAUCUUUCCGCUUCGUCUCUCCCUGGCGAUUCGGGCCCCAGCGACCCUCGUCUCACGCGACACAUUCCCACUUUGGCUCCCAAAGCGGAUGCUCCUCAUUCCGCCGGCGUUCCCAAAGCCUCUCUACUUCCCGAGGAGGACGAAGGAGAACGUAUUCUCCGGGAUAAACCCAUCAACAUCCCCUUGGAUCCUCUCCCGGGUCAUUCCCUGCGGGAUCCGCGUUCCCAGCUCCAACAAUUCAGCCACAUCAAGAAGGACGUCGUCCUCCACAAACCCAACUUCUCCCGCAUGAUCCUGUGGAGCCCGGAGGAUCUCAUCCCGCUUCCCAUCCCAAAACAAGAGUUUAUCCCUAUCCCGGCUGCUCUCCAAUCCAUGCCGACCCUCGAUCCGCGUCUCAGUCGAUCCCAACCAGCUCUUUCCGAUCCCAGACAGCGAGCGGGAGCGGCGCAGGGCGAUCCCGGCUCUUCUUCGGCCUCCAAUAUCCCGGAUUUUGAGCUCCUUUCCCGGAUUUUAAAGACUGUCAACGCCGCCGGCAGCCCGAGCGACAAACCCAGCGACCCCCGGGUGCGGAAAGCUCCCUCCGAUCCCCGGUUACAGAAAUCCAUGGACACAGGAGGUUCUAGAGCUUCCAAACCUUCGGAAGCGGCAUCUGACGACAGUGAUUCCGGCCCGGCUAUCGCUCCGUACGAUCCGCGGUUGAGCAAAGGCAGCGGACAAAGCAGUGUCCUCAGCGCCAUCAGCCUUUACGAUCCCAGGACUCCGAGUUCGGGAAGCAAAGCUUCCGAUUCUCCUAACGAAGGAGCCUCAAAAUCCGCAGAUCCCGGGAAGAACCCCGCUAAAUCCAAGGAACCGCUUUUUAUUCGCCGUUCCGCUUUGGAGCAACCGGAAUCGGAGAAGGCCGGUGCCGAAUCUGCUACGGACAGGUAUAACAGCUACAAUCGCCCUCGACCCAAAGCUCCCGCUUCGGAUUCCGCUUCCCAACCCGGUGUCCAUAAUCUUCCAGUCCCUUCCGUAUAUGGAAUGGUUAAACCGAGUUCUAAAUCCGGAGCGGGAAGUCCGUUUGCCGGGAAUAGUCCGGCUCAGGACAGCGAACAACAAGAUGCCGCAUCCCUCAAAGAUGUCUUCAAGGGCUUCGAUCCUACGGCUUCUCCUUUUUGCCAGUAAGGAUUCCAUGAAAUCCCAGUCUGGCAUCGCUCCGCGCAUCCCAGCGUUGGGAUCUCGGUGGAUUCCGGGUUUCUUUAGGCCCUCUGGGAUCCCGUUUCGGCCUAGAAGGCCUCGAGUCUCCGUUUGCGCUCAAUCCGCGGGGACGGCUGCGCCGUUUUCCUUCCUUUUAGCGCUUUUUUCCCCCCCUCCAAAAAUCCACAUCCGGAGGGAAAAAUCAUGUGGAAUCCGAUUCGCUUCAGCUCUGAAAGGAAAACCUUCGCCCUUCUUCAUCCCUCGCUUCAAAAUCUUGCGCCGCCGGAGUGAUUUUUACACCGGAAAAUCUUUCUAUUCAGUGGUUUUCUACAAUUUUCGGGCAAACGGGGGAAAAAAAAAACCAUGGAAAAGCAUCAAAUCCCCCCAAAAUCCACCCUGGGAAGGGGGGGGGGCGCAUUCCUGCUUUGCUUUUGUUCUUUUUUUUUUGGAAAAUUCCAGGUUUUGAUGCCAUUUUGCAGGAAAGUGGGAGUUUGGAAUCCCGGAGGCGGCGCUGAAAUAAGCUCAGCGCCCAAAAUUCCAAGAAAAAAAAACAGGAAGAAAUGAAAAAUUUAUAUUCUUAGUAUUUAAUUAUUCUUCUUAAAUCCCAUUUUUUUGUCCUAAAAAGGGAUAUUUUUUUUUUUUCCCAAAAUAAAGCACUCAGAGAUGGUUUUUUGUUCCAUAUGGGAAGAUUUUCCAUCCCCAGACGGGAAAAAAGGAGAGAAAAACCUCAUUCCCGGCUGGAAAAUUGCCUCAAAUCCUUAUUUUUCCGCUUAUUUUAUCGCUCCUUCUUAUCCAAACGGGAUUUUCCCAACUUUUCGCCCCCCCCCAGGACCUUUUCCUGCCACGUUCCGAGGGGUUGGGACCGGAAUCUUUUUGUAAAAGGCUUUAUUAUUUGAUUUUUUAGGGCUAUUAAACGUGGAAAAAUCCCGGAUU